AUGACUCCACCUGUCAAGAAGAACAAAACGCGUUCAUCACGUGCCGGCCUCCAGUUUCCCGUGGGUAGGAUCCACAAGAUACUCAAGAAAGGGAACUAUGCGGUCCGGAUUGGCGGUGGGGCGCCUAUAUAUCUUGCAGCAGCGUUGGAAUAUUUGGCAGCUGAAAUCCUUGAAUUAGCAGCCGACGCCGCUAAAGAACACAAAAAGAGUAGAGUCGUCCCAAGGCACAUACUCUUUGCGAUACGGAACGACGAAGAGCUGAACAGGAUGCUGACGGGAGUUACAAUAUCGCAAGGAGGUGUUAUUCCUUCUAUACAACCGCAGUUGCUGCCUAAGAAGACUACGAAGAGCAGCGGAUGAAUUGGUGCUGAAUUCGAAUUGAUGAAGGCCGAAUAAAUGGCCCGAUUGACAAAGCCCCUUUAGGGGCUGCAUUAUUUCUUGUUUCUAAAACAGAGUUGUGGUUCACCUAUCUGCCUACCUCCUAUACGGUAGAUUGUUAAAAAUGGAGUUUCCAUUGUAUUUUAUUUAGCAAUCUUUGCUUUUCAUUCUCUUAAUACGUUGGAAAUUAAAUUAAAUAGUUGAAUAGUUUUCUUCUAAAGACGAACUGGCUUAAAAUAUUGUAGACUAGCGAGACUCCAAAAAAAAUUAUUUUUCAAAAAAUAAAACCGUCACAAUUUUAAACAGUGAUAAAUAUUUAUUUUAAAAGCGACUUUUUCAAGAAGCUGCUAUUGAACGCGGGCGGAGAUUUUUUUAGUAGGUUAUUAUUAAUUAAGUGAUAAAUGAUAAUCCUCUUUUCGGAUUUUGUAUAAAUCUUUUGUUCGCAAUCUUUUGUUUCUUCGCUGAUAUAAAUAUGUCAUCUAAUAUUAAGGUGAAAUAUUUCGAUGAAAAGCAUAUAUUUUGUCUUGUUAUACACUGUAACGAUUUCGAUAAAAUUGAAAUAGGACCAUCUCGGACCAUUAAGCUGUAGAAUAAAAAAAUAUAUUUGAAAAUCGAUCAAUAAAUUCGAGUAAUAAUCGGUGAAUAUACGUAAAAAAAUAAAACACAACAAAACGCAUGAGAGUGUUUUACGGAAAAUAUAUUAAACUAGGUAGGUAGGUUCAUAUUUAUAAUAUAGAAGAAAAGAAAAGAUCGAGUAUUUUGCAUUUCUAUAAAGUUUACAUCAAAUAUCUAUUGUCAGUAAAAAUAAUGAAAUACUUUGAAUAAAUAAAAUCGCAUAAAAAAUGUGAAUAACGUACUAGUUUAAGAUGAUUUUUAUUUUUCAUUCUUUGAAAUUUUAUUGUAUUUAUUUUCAUUACAUUUUCUAUUUUUAAGUACUACUGAUACGUGAUUACCUACAUAACAAGAACAUUGAUAUUCAUGCGUAUAACGCGCCACAUUGGAAAUUCAAUUAAAGUCAUUUGCAUUAUAUUGUUAUUUUAAAAUACUGGAUUGCGGAAAGUCGUGGGUUUGAGUCCCUUCUUAGAGUACCAAAGGCUGGUGGAUUUUUUAAACAUUUUUCACUAUGAAUAUUUAUGUAUUUGUUCUUCUAUCUUGUUUAAUUCAA